AUGUCGGGCGCUACACAGACAAGUGAUGGAGGGAUUCUGGUCUACUCAGCCUUGGGUAAAGCGCUGCGCUGUGGCACCCUCCAAAAGCGUCUGCGGGAAGCAUCCAGGUUGGAGAGGUGGAACCACUACCAGGUUUGCGAGGAGUUGCUGCCAACAACUCGACGAGAGAGACUGUCAGGUUUCGGCGGGCCUUUGCCCCCUACUUCUCAGCAGAGGGAACUGUCCCACAGCAAGACACAGAUUCAUGGAUUUUCUCCUGGUUCAGGUCCAGGGAGAGUUCCGGGAGAUCGUGAAGACUGGACUCUGGGUUGGCGACUGCUUCAUUUACACCAGCUCUCUGAACAGACUCAGCUACUUUGUAGGGGGAGAGAUUGUCACUCUUGCUCACUUGGACAGUCAGAGCAGAGGUGGAAGCGGUGUGCAGAGCUGGGUAUUACUGCCUGUGGGUUCCGCCUGGCCCAGGAAUGCCUUCGGCAUGCUAAGGAUUACGAGGGCUUACUCCUCCUCGCCACCGCUUCCGGUAAUGCCCGUAUGGUGGGCAAGCGGGCCGAGGGUGCAGAAAGGGAAGGCAAGAACAACGUUGCCUUUGUGACCUACUUCCUGCAGGGGAAACUUGAUGAGUGUUUCGAGGUUUUGAUAAAAACCCAGCGCCUCCCUGAAGCUGCUUUAUUGGCUCACACUUACCUGCCCAGCCAGGUGUCCCGUGUGGUCAGCCCGUGGAGCGAAAACUUGGCCGAGGUCAACCAGAAGGAGUUGACGCGUCAAGAUGCCGUUUGUCUGCAGGUGUUCAAGAAUGAAGAAUAAAAGAAGAAUUGUUGAUUAUAUUGAGUUACUGUAUAU